AUCUGGCCGGUGGCAGCGGUGGUGAGCACAGAGGUUUCUUGGUGAGUAAGGGUUUAGUUCCUGCUCUGCAGAGGAAGCAAAGGGAUUCCCAGUGGAGUGGCUAGGGGCAGUGGUGGUACCGGGAGUCUGGAGGAGGCCAGCACACUGGCAACUGAGACUUUAUUUCUGACCCCUGGAACCAUAAAAGAAGGCAAGAACCUGGGGCCUUCACUGUGUUCCUGUGAAGUUUGCAUCUCCACUUCCUCCUUGAAGAGUUGUCGGACUCCCGCCCUCUCAACUCAGAGGUGCCCAGGAAAGAUGACCCAGACCACAGUGAUGGUGAAUGGAGUCGAAGUGGCCUCUACACUCCCCCCGUCCACUCAUAUCAACAUCCACAUCCACCAGAAGUCAGCUUUGGAGCAGCUGCUGGGAGCUAUGGGCUCCCUCAAGAAGUUUCUCUCCUACCCCCAGGCCACUGGUGCCUCCAAGGCCAGCCUCCAUCAUGGGCAGCUGGCUCUCGGGGUGACCCAGAUAUUGCUGGGGCUCAUGAGCUGCGUUCUUGGCGUGUGUAUCUCUUACGGGCCCCAGACUAAGCUGUGUGACACUGGCUGUGCCUUUUGGUCUGGGUCCAUGGCAAUUGUAGCUGGAGUUGGUAUCAUUGAACAUGAGAAGAGACAGGGAAAAUUGUCCGGCUGUGUAUCACUUGUUUUCCUCCUGGCUUGCAUGGCUACAGCUGGGGCUGCUACCGCUGUGGGUGUGACCAGCUUAAUCUGGCAGACCCGUGAUCCCUACCAUUUUAAGAUCAUUUCCGUGUGCGGCUCCUCAUACCCUGGCAUGGGCCGUGAGUAUAGGAUGGCACAACUCGCUGAGAGCUCGGACUGGAGGACAGAGACGUGCAGAGAGUACCUGAACAUGAUGAUGAACUUGUUCCUGUCGUUCUGCAUCAUGCUCACGGUUGCCUGUGUCCUGAUUAAUGUUGUGUCUGUGGCUUCCCUGGCACUGAGUCUCCAGAGUAUAAACGGCCGGAGCUCCCAGGCCCUGAAUGAGGAAGAGACAGAGAAGAAGCUUCUUGCGGGGGAUUCAGCACCCUCCUCUCCCAUCAAGGAGAAGAUUCCUGUCAUCCUGUGAGCUGCCUGAGCCCAUCAUGUGUCCCUGUCCAGAGCAAUCCAGGGAGGACAGUGACUGUUCCCAGGGCCUCUUCUGGCCCCACAGCACACACCUACUUUCGAUGUAGCCACAUUUCAGCCCCUUUUCUCCUCCUCUCUCCCCACUGUCCUCACUCUAAUGUCCUUUGGUCCCUGUGUAGCUCUUGUGUCAUUUUCCCCAAAGCUGAUAAAGCAGAAACAACCAGAAAAAAAAAUA